AUGGUGACUAUGAAACUAACCGGACAAGGAUGGAAUGCUUAUUCUGUUUGUCCAAAUAUCAGAAUACGGUUGAAUAUGCUCCAAACUGAGCAAAGGCAUUGGCAUGUCAUUUCUUGUGGGGGGAUGAAGUUUGAGGCAAGGAAAAUGGACGAGGCGUUUACUGUGGAUGUUGAAAAAAAGGAAUUCAACUGCAGGCUAUGGCAACUUAAUGGAUAUGGCUGCGUACACUCAGUUGCCACCUUAGCCUACUUAAAUUUGACACCUGAUGGUCCAUAUGUAGAUCCAAUGUACUUGGUUGUAUUAUACCAUAAUACUUACAAACAACCAAUCCAUGGGAUGAAUGGAAAAAAUAUGUGGCCUUCUACUGACUUGAUACCCCCUUUGCCUCCAUUGAAAAGAAGUAUGCCAGGCAGGCCAACCAUAAAGAGAAGAAGAGAUGCUUCUGAACGGAUGGGAAAACAUACCGUCUCCAAGGCAGGGAAGAAAGUUUCUUGUAGCAUAUGCAAGGAGAAAGGACACAACAAGGCUACUUGUAGUAAAGGUGUAGAGACAUCCAAACAAAAUGGAACAAAGAAACAAAAAACUAUACCUACGCAGGAGUCUGUAAACGUUGACACAGGAGUAGGGGAUGAUGAGGUAAUCGUAGAUGCUACUGAUGCUUUGGAUAGGCUUGGAGAUGAAGAGCGAAUGGUAGGAGUCAAUGGACGGGAUGAAGGGGUGAAUGUCAAUGCUCGAGUUAAGCAUGUUAAACCGCCUAAAAUGCGAAAGAAGUCAGAACGAAUCAUUAAACUGAAGCUUGCAAAAAAUAUGGGAGGUGAAGGUAGCAGUGUUGCAACGGCCAUGGAGUUGGAUUAA